CCUCUUGGCCCCUUUCCCUCCUCUAUCCCUCCUCGGCGUCUGCGUCAGGCCCCUACUUGCGUGACGCGCGGGGUCUGGGUGGGAGCUGUCCACUCGCCUGGGGUGCUGAAUGCAGCAGCGGCGGCGGCGGCGGCGGCAGCGGAGAUAGAUGAGAGCCUUCUCGGCUCCAAGAAUCUUGUUUCCAUUCCUCGGACGGUCAGCUCACCGCCCCGCCACCUCUCUUCCAUCACCACCCCUUUGGGAACUGAGCCAGGGGGGCAGCAGUCGCGGCGGCGGGUGCUGAGCAACGGCGGAAGACGAGACAACACCUGGCAGCAGCCUGGAAUCUGAUUUGCUUCCUCUCGCCUUUUAUAAGAGAUAUAUUUAUAUACGGUUUUGAGGAGUCGCAAGGACCAAGCCGGAGCCAAGUGCGGGCUGUCUCCCACCUCGGCCACACUGCUUCAUUUCCCCCUCCCCACCUGCAACUGGCACCGCAAACAAGCCUUACCUCGUUGCAUCUGCGAGGAGCCGCCCCCACCCCUACGCCUGCCUCGCCUCCGGUUGCAUGGCAGCGCUGCCCGGGCGCGGGGGCUCAGAGCCGGCCCCCAGGGAAGGAGGAGGAGGAGGCGGAGGAUCAUGAAGCCGGGAGUCGCGGACGCGCCGGACGGCGAGCAGCAGCCAGAGGACGAGCCGGAGCAACCCCCGCCCCGGAGACACCGGGACGCCGACCAGCGUUCACUGCCGCCGCCACAGCAGCAUCAGCGGCCACGGGCAGACUCGGAGCAAGAGGAGAAGGGCGCCAGCGGCCCAGAAGAGGAAGAGGAAGAGAAGGAGAGGCCACUCACCCGCCCGGAUCUGCCCUUCUCCCGCCCCUUGCCUCUCGCCCCAAGAGACCUUUGAUGGAGCCAAGGGGAAGGGGCCACGGAUUUACAGACUGCCUCAGGGGUGGGCUGGGGGCUGAAAUCAUGUAACUACUCCUUCCUCCUGUCUGUUCCCACACGCCCCUUUUCUCUAUCCCAUCUCUCUGCUCCACUGCCUCCCGUCCCCUAUACACUCACCCUUCCUCUAGCCAGGAUCCUAAUGCUCAGGAAGGAAGCAGAUCUGCAAGAGUUAAACGAUCUUUUCUUCCCUCCUUCUUUCCCCCUCGCCAGCCCAUUAUUUUCCCACUUCUAUUCUCCUAAUUGACUUUUCCCUCUUCUGUGCAACCCUUUAGCUGCAACAGCAAAGCACAAGCCCCUUGCCCAAUUUCACCGGCAAUUCCUCCUCCCUGCCCCCUCACCCCCCAUCCAACUGCUCUCUUAAAAGUAACUCUGGUGCUUCUGGGGAUUAAUUGCCCCAGUUUUCUGCCCAGGAGAAUUAAAACUUCUCCCAACCUCCUCUCCUCCCCACUGUACACCCCCCACCCCCACAACCGAUCACCUGAUACCUGAGGAAAACUAUUUCUCUCUGCACAUGCAGUACUCAAUUUUUCACUGGGCUGAUUUGCCCUAAGCCCAGCUCAGUCCACUCCAAAUUUGAUUUAUAAUCUUCCUCACCCUUUUAUACAAAAGAAAAGAAAUUUCCCACUGCCUAGGAAUUUGAGAAGAACCCAAAAAUCUUCUCCUGGGAAACUUUCUAACAACUAGACCUUGAUCUCAAGGCCUAAACAGCUCUUCCUCAACAUUUUUAAAACCCCCCUUCUCCUCCCAGUGCCCUCAAGUCAAAGGCCAAAAGGAGACACCCUGAGCAAAGCUAAGGUUGCGGGAGGGAGGAAAGAAAACCUUUUUUGUUGUUGUUGGGCUUUCCGGGGAGAGUUCAAAAUCAGUGACUUACAGUUCUAAGUCCUGGGGGCAGUUGAUUUGCUACUUGGAAGGGGUUUAAGAGGAACCAGUGAGAAAGCAGAUCCUCCCAAAACACAGCUUCGCUGUGGACCCCCCCAAAACCAUUCUACUAUCUUCUUCUGAAAAGACUCCAGCUGCCCCUCCCGGGCUCUCUGCUUCCACUGGGCACAUGCUGAUGCCCCUGAGUGGGCUGUUCUGGUGGUGGUGGUGCUGCUGCUGCUGUGCCUGGUACUGCUGUGGAUUGUGUGCCCCGGCUCCCCAGAUGUUGCGCCACCAGGGUCUCCUCAAGUGCCGCUGCCGCAUGCUCUUCAAUGACCUGAAGGUUUUCCUACUCCGGCGCCCCCCUCCAGCGCCCCUGCCCAUGCACGGAGACCCCCAGCCCCCCAGUUUGGCGGCCAACAACAACACCCUUCCGGCUCUAGGUGCCGGGGGGUGGGCAGGCUGGAGGGGCCCUCGAGAAGGGGUGGGCAGGGAGACCACCCCUCUGCCACCUCCACCACCUUUGCCACCUUCUUCUGUGGAAGAUGACUGGGGUGGCCCAGCCACAGAGCCACCCGCCUCGCUGCUCAGCAGUGCCUCCUCAGAUGACUUCUGUAAGGGGAAGGCUGAGGAUUGCUACUCACUGGGCAGCAGCCUGGACAGUGGCAUGAGGACCCCGCUCUGCCGCAUCUGCUUCCAGGGGCCGGAACAGGGGGAGCUGCUGAGCCCGUGCCGCUGCGAUGGCUCCGUCAAGUGCACGCACCAGCCCUGCCUCAUCAAGUGGAUCAGCGAGCGCGGCUGCUGGAGUUGUGAGCUGUGCUACUACAAGUACCACGUCAUCGCCAUAAGCACAAAGAACCCUCUGCAGUGGCAGGCCAUCUCUCUGACAGUCAUUGAGAAGGUUCAGAUUGCAGCCGCCAUCUUGGGUUCCCUCUUCCUCAUUGCCAGUAUCUCUUGGCUCAUCUGGUCGACCUUCAGUCCCUCGGCAAAAUGGCAGCGCCAAGACCUCCUUUUCCAGAUCUGCUAUGGGAUGUAUGGAUUCAUGGACGUGGUGUGCAUAGGUCUCAUUGUGCACGAGGGACCCUCCGUGUACCGCAUUUUUAAACGGUGGCAAGCUGUCAACCAGCAGUGGAAAGUGCUGAACUAUGAUAAGACGAAAGACCUGGAGGAUCAAAAGUCAGGAGGCAGGACAAACCCCCGGACCUCCUCAUCCACCCAGGCCAAUGCCCCCUCCUCUGAAGAGGAGACCAUGGGUGCCCCUGGCCCUGAGGAAGGCCCUGCCCGGGCGGCCAGCCACCCCUCAGGCCCUCUGUCCGAUCACCACUGUGCUUACACCAUCCUGCACAUCUUGAGUCACUUACGACCUCAUGAACAGCGGAGUGCUCAGGGCGGGAGCCGGGAGCUUGUCAUGAGGGUCACAACAGUGUGAAGGGAGAGACGUGGAAAGAAGGCCAUGACCAUGCACAGAGAUGAGGAGGCUGGGCCAGGAAGGGGCUAAGGCCUGGCAGGCCACAGUCUGGGGAGCAGGUGUGGGGAGGCAAAGUGGCAUCCCAGGGGCCGGAGCAGAGGGCAGACAGAAGGUGGUGGGCCUUGUGGGGCCCUGGAGGCAGGGUCAGAUCUGGAGUGAGUGAGUUAGGUGUCUAGAUUGCUUUUCGUGAUUCUGAUCAGUCAACCCCCAUUCUCCAACAAGAGGAAGAAGAACCAGUACAAACUCAACAAGGAAGUGCAAUACAGUUCGAACAUAAAACACAAGGACAAAAAUCCCAGAUGUGCCCAUGCACAAAGCGCCUGGGAGAAAAGGAGGCUUGGGAAGGGCGAUGGUGAGUUGGUGGUGACAGUGCCCCCGCAUGCACGAGUGGUGGGAGAAAAAAUGCAAAGGGGCAAAGAGUGUGCAAAGGAAAAGCACUGUAGCCUGCCUUGUUUUCCCCUUGAGUUUGUUUCUUUCUCUCUGGACUGUUUUUGGGGCAGUGGUGGGGAGGGAGAAGGAUGGGUGUGGGCUGGCAAGGAUGACAGAUGGCAUUUGUGGCCCCUGGCCUUGUCUGGGUAGGCAGGAUUCCUGACUCAGAUGGGACUUUGGGGCAAUGUGCAGGGAGGGAAAUGUUGGUUCGAGCCCCUGGAGGGAGGGAGGUUUCGGCUUCCUUUCAAACUGGGAACUCCCAAUUUCAGAUAGGCUCAAAGAGGGCUUAGGUUUGGAGAUGGGUGUCUUUUUGUGCCCUUGUUACUUUAUUUUAUGGUGGUUUGGCUCAAAGAUGUUUACAAGAAACACACACACACACACACACACACACACACACACAACUAGAGAAAAGUACAGAUUUCCUUUGGGUAUCUCAAGCACAGUCCUGCUGCUGUGGCUUCAGCCUUCAAAGCUGUCAAUCCAGGAGUGACUCUCGCAGCUACCCAACCCGGCCCAUUGCCAGGACAUGCUCAAUGUCAUGCCUUCUCCUGCGUUGGCACAUGCCGAGGCCCAGGGCCCCCAGGACAGCCCACUUCCCAUCUGGGGCCCCCCAGGAUAGCUUCUGUAGCAAAUGGGAGGAACUUGGUUGGAUGUGCCCCCAAGAGUGGAGUGGAGACCAAUCUAAGUAUUUCUUACAGCUCGGGACCCUCACCCGAAGGCAGUAAUCCCUCAGUGACACGUUCUCCCCUGUCCCUCCCGUGUAGCUAGGCAGGGCCCAGGGACCCUGGCGGGGAGAACUGUCCCUCUACCCCAGCCUGCUGGCUCCUGGGACCUUGCCAGGAAGGCCACUGGGGUGGUCACAUGCAGAGUUUCUCAUUGUCAAUGCACAAUGGCCGCGCAAUCCAUGGGUAUUAAAGGGACACUGUCAAGUACUUUUUUAAACUAGUUUUUAGGGUUUUUUAAAACUCUCUGUUGUUUGUAUUAUUCUCUUAAAAGCUUGAAAAUAAAAUUUCUUUCCCUACCA